CUCUGUACUUGGACCGUUGCUGUUUUCUAUGUACCUGCUGCCUCUUGGUGUUCUUUUAUGUUCUUUUAAUGUAACCUUUCAUUGUUACGCUGAUGACCUGCAGCUUUAUGUUCCUUUAACCAUUGGAAAUUGUGCUGAAGUUUCUAAACUAGAAUCUUGUCUAUCUGCAAUUAAGGGCUGGUUAUCGGAUAAUUUCUUGCUCCUAAAUACUGAUAAAACAGAGUUGAUGGUCAUUGGGCCACACAAAUUUCAGCACUUGUCCCAAAAUUUCAUCUUGAGAAUUGAAGACAGUGUCAUAAAUCUCAGGGACAAGGUAAAAAACUUGGGCGUGUGGUUCGACAUGGUGCUCUCUUUCAAGUCUCAUGUAAAAGAGAUAACAAAGACCGCCUUUUAUCAUUUGAGGAACAUAGCCAGAAUCAGACAAGUUUUGUCAAGCGACACUGCAGAGGUUCUUAUCCAUGCAUUUGUGUCUUCACGUAUUGAUUAUUGUAACGCUCUUCUUUCUGGGCUACCAAAGAAAAGUUUUAGAGGUUUACAGAUGUUGCAAAAUGCAGCUGAUCGCAUUUUAACAAGGACUGGGAAAUUUGAGCACAUUAGCCCUGUACUGAACUCUCUGCAUUGGCUACCUUGUCAGGCUCGAGCAGAUUUUAAGGUCCUGCUGCUCACCUACAAGGCUUUAAAUGGAUUGGCACCUUCAUACCUCUCCGACCUUUUACAUCUUUAUGUUCCAUCCCGUGCUCUCCGAUCUCAGGACUCUGGCCUUCUAAAAGUUCCUAGAGCCAGAAAAAAGACAAUUGGAGAGCGUGCUUUUUCUUUUCGUGCCCCGUUUCUGUGGAACAACCUCCCUCAAGAUAUUCGGCAGGCAUGCUCUGUGGAGGUUUUUAAAACUAAGCUGAAGACACAUUUGUUCACCCUAUCUUACAUGUCUUAAUUCUAUUGCUUUUAGUUUUUAAAUUUUUACUGUUUUUAACUUGUAUUGUGUCUUUUACCUGUAUUGCUAUGUAUCGCUUUUAUUUU